CUUAACUGACCUUUUUGUUAAUUGGUAAUAGUAACACAUCAUACUUCACAAGAUGACCGCCAUCAUAACUUGCGCGUACGCUUGUCUGUGUAUUUUGGUCAUUUUUGUGUAAUUCCUAGCAAAUAAAUAUUUGAUUCUAGUAGACCCGCUUUCCAGUAAAAAGUAUUUUGUUUAAUUUUCCUGUUGUAAUGUAUUUCAAAGCAUAACAACAAGAAAAUUAAACAUAACUUGUUACCGGCGAACGGGUAUAUUGGGAACUAUGCUUAUGUUUAUAAAUAUAUAUAGGUACGUAUACGUAUGUAUAGCACACGUCAUAUACUUCUGGUCGCAAACUCCAGAUGGCGCUUCAAAGUUGCUUGCAUAAAAACUGCGCGAGAGGGCUCUCUUUUUCCAUAGUAUUAUUUUACUCUUUGGGUGGUGGUGUGGCCAGGCAGGGCGUGGCGUGUGGCGGAGGCAUUAAAAGAAGAGGUAUAAUUACAGUUUUAGCCAUGGAUAGUCAGCCUUGCAUAUUUCUGGGCAUCAAAAUCAAACCUGGGCCAAUAGAACGCUAUAAAGUUGAAAACUUCACCCUUGAUAAUACCGUGGACAAUCUGAAGUCUGAAGCUGAAAAAAAGACAAAUGUACCGUCUACGUCUCUUGAACUAAUACACCAUGGCAAGAUUUUGAAAGGUGACCUCACUCUCCAAGACAGUGGUGUUAAAAAUGGGGAGAUGGUCCACGUGGUGAAGAAGAAAGUGCAAACAACUACCACAGCUACUCCAUCAUAUUCAGACGCUGAGCUGCAACAACUUAAUACUUCCUUGAGAACGUUGGGAUGCACUCCCAAUGCCCCUGGGUGGACUAGGGCAAUGCAGCUAUUAAAUGACGAUUCCGCAAUGAAUGAGAUAGUGGAACAAGCACCUGGCAUAGGGGAGGAUUGUGUGGCCCUUUCUAUCUUACACGAAGUGGAGUUGUUGGCUGCCCUGGGUGCUAAUGUCCACACUAUGAGGAGGGGAGCUAACGCCCAUCCUGAGCUGCCAGCAGCGUUGCGGCAUCUAACGCGCCUUGUUCGCUCACGAUCUAACACUACGUCGUCUACAGAGAGCGUGCCCACAUCAGGAUUUGCGUAUUCAUUAGAAGCAUUGUCAGAAGACGAAGAUGCUGAUGAGGAAGAGACUGAAGAUGGUGAGAGGAACCCCAUCACUCACGAGCAGUUUGCUGCUGCCCUACAGGCUGCAACAGAAGCAGUAUCGUCUUCGAGCAGCCGCGGUGCUGGCAGCAACGACAGUUUGCUGAGGCUGCUGCAGUCUGCCGGCGAGUCCAGCAGAACCACGUCAUCAGCCACCGAGUCUGGCACGCCUACUGGCGUAGCUCCAACGCGGUCGCUGAUAACUCCGGAGAUGUUCAGCGAGGCUAUAUCCGAAGCUAUGAACCGAGCCAGCAGCACCAGGAACACUGCUGGCACUCCUAUGGAACAAAGCACGGCUGCUUCGUCAUCACAAAGUCCAGUGCAAGCGAGAGAAGUUCCCACUGUCCCCACUGGUGAAGACUUCACAACCCAGCUCAACCACAUGCAUGAAAUGGGACUGGUGGAUGACGCUCUCAAUAUACGGGCGCUGCUUAUUUGUGCAGGUGAUGUAAAUGCAGCCAUAAACUUGGUUUUCAGUGGAGCAAUCGGUGAUGAUUAGAUUUUAUAUUAUUUAUAUUAAUUGAACUGCUGAAGCAUUCUCCCACAAUUUCACACGAUGGAAUUUGUUUUCAUAAAUAUCGUCACUCAUUUGCUCUUGUCGAAAACAGUCUCAUAAAAUAUUAUUUCAGUAUAGCCUUAUUUUGUGGCACAAGUAUUUUAAACUUAUUUGUUGAGUAUUUAUUUCAAUAUCGGAUGUAUAUCAAUGCUCCACAAUUUAAGUGAAGUUCCUCAUAAAUCACUCGCAUCUUUGGAAAAUAUUGACCCUUUAUUAGGAGGUGAAACUAAUUAUUUAUUAUAAUUUGUUUCUUGUGAAAUAUGUGCCAAUAACUUUGUAUAAGAGCAAAUGAAUGAGGUCUAGUUGAUCUAUUGGGAAUGGAUCAACAUUUCUUUGAAUGAAAAAGGGUCCUUAUUUUGUGGUAUGUAUGUGAUUACUAUAAUAAAUAUUGAAACAUUCAUA